AGUUUCUUUUUGAAAGCUCAAAUCUUCAACAAGCACUGCUUGAGAAAUGAGAGUUACAUUUUGAUCCCCGCAUUAUGUACGCUUAGGUCUAGUAGUAGGUAUAAUUAUGGCUUCAAUCGCUCGACGGAAAGCCCUGGCUCUCCGAGGGCCAGCCACGCCUAUGGAAUAUCCGUCUUCAGCUCGAUACAUCGCUCAUCGCCUGCCUAUGAAUGGAUUUGGCAGAAGAAUUACUCACUAUCAGUGGAGGUCGAAGGAAUUCACAGACUUGACAAGGCAAAACACAGACAAGUAUGAAGUAAUGUUGGGAAUGAAACUCUAUGAUCACGAGUGGAACACACAUCGAGUCCAUUCCUGCCGCGUCUACAAAAAAAAUGUGAUAACCCAACCACAGGACAUGGACAGAGGCAAUGCAUUUCGGUGGCAGCUGCUGCCCGCGGCCGACGACUGCAAGAAAGCGGUGGUGGAAAUUGAGCGCACCUGGGGAGCAUACUACCAUCGCCAUGUGGACACGCCGAGGAAGUGGCACCAUCCGUCGCUGGAUACUGUCGAAGGUGACACGCGGAGCAAGUGGAAGAGUGUGGGAAUGUGAUGUGGUGUGACCGGCCGCAGUGAUGUGACUUUUGCGGGACAAUUGACUGGCGUCUUUGGCCGUUGAACUUUAACUUUUUUUUGAUCAUUUUCUUUCAUGAUACAUAAACAUCGGAGAAACAUAUUGAUUCUUUCUGA